CUCUUAUUCAAAAGGAGGCAGAGAGUAUUGUGAGACUUAGAACAUAACACCAUAUUUUUCCAAUAAGAAUAGUGAUUGCUCUCUCUUCUUGAUCGGGCUUGUGUGGAGUUUUGAAGCUGUCUUCAAACAGAUGCGUUCCAUUCUUACAAGGGCAUUGGCAACUUGUAGGAAUCUUUCCAACUUUGCAAAACCAGCUGGGGUUUAUUUCAGCAAUGGAUGUGCUCGUCAUUGCCAAAUAGAUUGUACUAGUUUGAGACUCAAAAAAAGGACAAAAGGGUAUGGCGUUUAUAGGCAAUACAGUUUUACACCUGCCAGUGCCAAGAAACCUUGCAAUUCCAGUCUAUUUGUUGGUCGCCGGAGUAAUUGGUUUUGUACCUCAUCCACCACUUCAUAUGGUGAUGGUUUGAAAAUUGGCAAACAGCUUGUUAACUCAGCCAUGUCCUCAGACCUGAAUGUUGUUGUUGAGAAAAGAUUAAGAUUAGUUUCUGGAUCUUGCUAUCUUCCACAUCCUGAAAAGGUAAAAACAGGUGGAGAAGAUGCUCAUUUUAUCUGUGAAGAAGAACAAACAAUUGGAGUAGCUGAUGGUGUUGGUGGAUGGGCAGAUGUUGGAGUUGAUGCAGGAUACUAUGCACGCGAGCUUAUGUCUAACUCGAUUGCUGCAAUUAGGGAUGAGCCAAAGGGUUCUGUAGAUCCAGCAAGAGUACUGGAGAAAGCUCAUUCACUCACAAAAGCAAAAGGUUCUUCAACAGCUUGUAUCAUAACCCUUACAACUGAGGGACUGCUUGCAAUAAAUCUAGGGGAUAGUGGAUUUAUAGUAGUUAGAGAUGGAAUUUCAAUUUUCCGAUCACCUGUGCUACAACAUGAGUUCAAUUACCCCUAUCAACUUGAGAGGGGAACUCAAUCUGAUCUACCAAGUUCUGGACAGGUUUUCACAGUGCCAGUGUCAGUAGGAGACAUAAUUGUAGCCGGGUCGGAUGGACUGUUUGAUAACUUGUACAACGAGGAGAUAACAGCAGUUAUAGUUGAUGCAGUUAAGGCAGGAUUGGACCCUCAAGUUAUGGCCCAGAAGAUUGCAGCCCUUGCUAGGAAACGAGCUCUUGACACGAACAGACAGUCGCCUUUCUCUGUUGAGUCACAAAAAGCUGGAUUUCAUUAUUAUGGAGGGAAACUCGAUGACACUACAGUCGUCGUUUCCUUUGUAACAAGUGGCUGUAGUAGUAAACUCUGAUGGAGUUUUUAUUUAUUUAGUAUUAAUGAGAAGGGUUGGUGUUGAUUUUGGUAAAUCUGAACUUGAAACACCCAACUGAAAAAGGCUUAGAGGUUUUUGUUUGUUUGUUUUGGAGUUUGACAAUAAUUGAUUUUCUUUGUAGUGCCAUUUAUGAUAACUGCUUGUGUGAUG